UGUAUUUCGGCGCCAUAUUGGAGAGAAAGACAGAAGACAAUCAUCCGAACUUUGUCCCACAGUUAGAGACACUCAGCCGAAGUGGGACGGUGCAACGACCCGGUGUCUCGGUAACCCUUUGAGUUUACCGUCAUGGAGCGGACACAGACCUUCCUGUGUCAGGCCGAGCUGAUCAUGGAGACGGCGGUGGAGUCAGCCGUGUCCGUGCUACACCAGGAGGGAGAGGACGGCGACCAGAGGAGGGCUCAGCUGAGGGCCGUCCUGACGGUGAUGACCAGAGAGGCGGUCCGUCAGAUCUGCAGAGUCUUCAGAGAGCUCUGCGUCAGCUUAGUGAAGGAGAACCAGAGUCUGAAGGACACCGUAAGACACCUGGAGACGGAGCUGAGGUCAAAGGUCGACACAAAUGCCGCAGCCGACAGGAUGCAGACCCUCUAUAAGAUCAAACCGUCAGAUGGCCCUGCCCUCUCACUGGACAUCAGUCAACCAGCUGCCAACCCAGCUGCCCUGGCCAUGGCCAUCCUCAGCUCCGCCAAAUCCAGACACAGAGCUAGCAGCAACCCUCAGGUGCCACUGGUCAUCAUUAGCCAGCCGCUGCGAGAACCAAUCACAGGCCAGAGUGUCAUCAGCCAGUCGCUGCCUGGGCCAGUCGCAGGCGAGAGCAGCCCAGCCCCCCAGGUACCGCCAAAGAAACUGGAUCAAAGUGGUGCAGAGCUUCAGACUGAGGUGGUGUUAGAAAUUAACCAGAUGUCUUCAGAUCCUGAAGAAUCACCUGGAGACAUGACAUCAUUUCCUAUGGCUCAUGACCUGCCCACAGAUGAAGACCUGCCCUCAGCAGAGGCGGAGCCAGCUGUUGUUGUUGUUGAAACUGAAAUAAAGAUGGAGGCUGUCCAACAGAUGCUCACCGACAGCAGACACGCUGAGACACCAAGGGAGACACCAGCAGUGACACCGACAGCGUGGAGCGAGGAGGAGCAGAAGGAGCAGGAGCGGAGGAGGAGGAGGGAGCUUUACAAAGACAAGCGUUUCUUCUGUGAGCUGUGUAACAAAGGUUUCCAUCAGAAACACCAGCUGAGGAAACACGUGUCAUGUCACCUGAAGCCGUUUCCCUGCAGCUCCUGCGACAAAGGUUUCUACAAGGCCAAGAGUCUGCAGAGACACCAGCAGAGUCACCAACUGAGGGAGGCUCAGGAGAAUGACCCCGACAAACUGCUGCACUGCGACCAGUGCGACAGGAAGUUCAGGCUGCUGCGCCAGCUCAGAGUCCACCAGGCGUCACACCGGCUGGAGAAAAUGCCGCUCAAGUGCCACGUGUGCGAGCGCACCUUCACCUCGGCUGGCGCACUCAGGUACCAUGAGGUGUCACAUGCCCAGGUUAAGCCCUUCAUGUGCGACGUCUGUGGGAAGGGCUUCACCAGUAAGAAGAGCCUCCGUGAGCACCAGACCGUCCACACCGGUGCCCGACCAUACCCCUGCCCCACCUGCGGGAAGAGCUUCUCCACCGCCAGCAACCUGCGCGUCCACAAGAGGUCGCACUCAGAGGAGCGGCCGUACAAGUGCUGCGAGUGCGACAAGGCCUUCAAGUGUAAGAUGGGUCUGCUACAGCACCGAGUGGUUCACUCCGGAGAGAAACCCUUCAUGUGUCAGACCUGUGGACUGAGCUUCGGCCUCAAGUACAACUUCCAGAGACACCUGCGCCUCCACAAUGGCGAGAAACCCUUCAGGUAA